CACCUUUCCGCGCCUGGCAGAAAAUGUUGUUCUUGCCGCUGUGUUAAAGUUAGAAGGACGUUAGAUUGUCCUAGACAAUUCCUUUUUUCGUCAAGAAAGAGCUCUGGUCUAGUAUUUAACUAGGCACACUCUUAUUUAAUCCCCAAGUAUUCACACUGCUCAAAGUUAUCGGCAUAUGUUUAAGGUGUAAGAUGGUGCGUUAAAUGAUACAUAAGCGCUGUUAAUGUGAAAUGUGAAUGAAGUUCGUUAUGAAGUGGACUGUUUUUAUCGACUGACCGAUUACUUUUUAAUUGCCGUUGUGGACCUCAAAGAAUGCAAAAACCGAAGGCAAUGGAAGCUCCAAGGUAGUGUACUUUACAGUCGUCCAUCCUUAGCACUAUAUCGCGAGCAUUCCAUCCAAGACUGGAACCACGCUAUGCAGGUAUUUUUUGCAUGGUGCAUGUACGGCUGGCUCCUUGUGUCACUUUUCUCAUGACCUCAAAGACAAGCAAUCCAUGGCCUGCAAGUAUUACCUAAAAGGAACAUGCUCAUAUGGCAAAGCUUGUAGAUAUGAUCAUGUAAAGCCCACAGGAUCUGAACAACACACAAGAUUCUCUGCUCCAAAGCCUGUGACCCUAAAGUCAAAUAACGACAAGCAAGAGUUAAAGAUGGUCACCCUCGGCAAGCCCAAGGCUGGAAGUAGCAGAACCAGUCCCCCAAAGAACUGGGCAGAGGCUCCUGAGUUCAUUCCAGGUCAGAUGUAUCAAGGCACUGCUGGCAUGACCUUAACCCAAGCUGAGGGAGCAUGCUUUAAGCCACUGUCAUACUCUGAGGCAGCAAUGACAAAUGUGGAGAUAGCAGCCAAUGAUGGAUUCACUGUUGAAGAGGCUGCGGAAACACUAUGCCCCUAUAUCACAGCAGAGCUAUGCAGCAAUGAAUCAGCAUGCCCCUACAUCCACCUGCUCAAGUGUGAUAUGUGUGGAGAGGCUUGCAUGCACCCGAAUGAUGAAAAUCAGCAAAAGGAACACAGACGGGAGUGCCUGGAGAGUCACGAGAAAGACAUGGAACAUUCAUUUGCUAUCCAGAGGAGUGAGAAUGUCACUUGUGCUGUCUGUCUCGAUGUCGUCAUGUCAAAACCCAAACAGAGCGAGCGUCGUUUUGGCAUUCUGCCAAACUGCAUCCACGCCUUCUGCCUGGAGUGUAUUCGAAAGUGGAGGAAAGCUUCUCACGCAGAGAAAAAGGUCGUAAGGGCGUGUCCCAUUUGCCGAACGCCGUCUGGAUAUGUUGUACCAAGUGGUGUUUGGGUUGAAGAAAAGGCGGAAAAAGAUAAGCUGAUUGCUGACUACAAAUCUGCUCUAGGAGCUAAGCCGUGUAAAUAUUUUAGGGAGGGCAAGGGAACUUGUCCGUUUGGAUCAAGCUGCUUUUACAAACAUGCUUAUCCUGACGGAACGAUAGCUGUUGAGAAGCCAAGAAAAUUCAACACAGCUGAUGGAGUGAAGCUCGCACAACGCUUCAGCCUGUGGGAUUUCGUAGAGGCCGAAGAGAACGAUCGAAUGUUUGACUACCUCGACGACUCCGACGAUGACUACGACGAUUAUGACUUCCUGGAGCGACUAGAGGCGCUUAUGUUAUGGGAUGACUCAGACGACGAUAUAUUCUUCCUUUUCUAAGAACUACGAAGUAGUCCUGGAAACUAUCAAAAUGUCUAGCAAUGCCUGUAGAUCACUUUGAUAAAAAAAAAAUGCCGUUUUCACGAUGUUGCGCCCUCAUCCAAAAUGCCACAGAUUGGCGGGCCACGGCUGAUCAAAAAUGCGGACGGAAGGGAAUUUGAAUCUAGCGCCAAAAAUGUGCAUUUUCUAUAGCUUUGUCUGUGAACUCCACUUUUCCAUGCCAUUGGUAAUAUACGAAAAUAAUUGAAGAUACCGCUCUAUCGAAUAUCGUAACAUCCAGGUUUCGUAGGACAUUCUGUUGUAGGUUACAAUGCCUCGAACGUCUAAUUUAGUGGCCAGCGAGGUUUAGACGACCUCAACGUCUCAACCUCGCUGGCCACUAAAUAGAGAGACGUUCGAGGCUCUGGAACCAGGGUAGUUGUAGCUAAGAAUUUAAAAUUCUCAAUACAAAGUCGAUAAUGUUAAUAUAAUGAGGAGCCCACUUCUCGUGAUCUUCACAAAAUCCUCAUUAUGCUGUCAUCAAGCUCUAAUAAUGCUGUAGCUUCAAAUUUAAUAAAGAAAAUCAAACACA